CUUUAUUGUGGAGUUCGUAUUCUCCUACGUAGACGUGCUAUUUUUACGUACUCACUCACACGUUUGACUCGUAGCGCAAACACACCAACGGUGAGGUCGUCUGAACUCGAAGCAUAGUACCGCUCAAGAUGGAGUGCCAGUUAGACACCGCCGACGCACAAGAUCCUGUAUCGGAGAAAAGCAGUCGGUUGCCAACGGAGGAAUCCGUAGCGCUUGUCGUCCCAGAUACACGCAACGCCAAGCUUAGAAAACGCAAAACUCGAAGGAUAAUCAAGUGUCGAGUCUAUCGCAGUGGGUCGAAAGCCGAGUGCGAUGAACUGCGACGUCAAGAAGCCGAUCUACGCCAGGAGAUGUUGCGGCUGCAGCAGUUGAACAAGGCGGAGAAGGAAAAACAUGACGCUUGCCAAUCUCAUGCUUACUGGAUUUGGAAAGACCUUGCCAGUCGACUGCGAGUAGAACGCGAUGAUGCUGAGGCUCAACAACAACAACUUCGCUCCACUAUGUUAAAUCAAGCCAUGUACAUCGACACUCUGCUUAAGAUCAUGGACGAACAAUCCAGCAACUCAACUUGGUUUGUCGACAACAAUGAACCUCCUGAAUCCUUCAACCGGCCCAUUCAAGAGCUGGAAGCGAGAUUCCUUCAAACAGAUGCAGUAUUUCAAGCAGCGAGCUCCUCGUUGUCUCGCGAUAUCAGCCGAGCCACUGAUCAAGGAGGCACCGACGGUGGUGUGCAUUUCUUCUACCCACAAUUGAGGCUCGUUCUGCCGUCCCCCCUGCAUGAAACAAGCAACACACUGUGGCAACUGGGCCAAUGUCUUUUCAGCGAUAAGCCAGACUACGUGGAGUACUACAGCAUCAAAGACCCGGAACACACGUUUAUAGCGACGUUCGUCGACACAAAUGUACUGGAGACAGGAGAUAUACUCCGGAGUUCGCAGCUAUAUAUAGCUCGUCGAUUCGUUCAAGACAAUCGAAUCGUGAUCAUUUGGAGAUUAAUUAUUGAAGGAAACGACAGUUUUCAAGGGAUUAAAUCGGACGAGACCGGAUGGUGUCGGUUCCUACCUUCGGAAGAUGCAAUGGAGCCCGGGACAACAAUUGAGGUCUGUAUUCAUCGUGUGCCGGUGCACUCCACUGCCCCAGUGUCAUGUGAAUUGGAUGUCAGCCUGUUUUUCAAUUUGGUGCACGAAACCAGCCAAGAUAUCUUGACAAAAGUUAUGUCGACCAUGGAAAACGUACUGCUUCAAAAAGCAUUGGCUCACAUUAUGUGAUUGGUUCUUUCCUGUGUUGCCCCAAACUCCUCCAGCAAACAUGUUCUACUAUCGAAUAUAAAGCAUUUGCGGGAGCCGACCGAAAAUGUUUAGAUAGGGCUUAGUUACUCCAAAUUUGAUCCAGCGAGACUUGUACAUUUCGUUAGACUUUUCGUUAAACACUCAAACAUUUAUCACUAUAAUUUAUCAGUCAGAAAUAAUAUUAUUAUGCACAAGGCA